UCAAAUCCCCUAAAUGUUGCUGAAGUGGCUAAUGGCCUUUUGUUAUUCCUCACCAGCUGUCAAGAAGAAGCAAAAUUAUACUAGUGUACAUGAGGCAGUGAAAGCCGGUGAUGUAGAACAGCUUGCGUCAAUGAUAAAAAGUGGAGCCAAUAUUAACGAGGUGGAUUUAGUCCACAAAUUCACACCUUUGCACUGUGCUGCACACUCUGGAAGUCUGGAGUGUCUUCACUGGUUGCUCUGGCAUGGAGCUGAUACAACACAAGUAACUGUCAGAGGCUGGACAGCAGCUCAUCUUGCAGCUAUCCGAGGUCAGGAUGCUUGCGUGCAGGCUCUGUUAAUAAAUGGAGCAAACCUAGAAGCUCAAGAUGAUCGUGGGUGCACUCCGUCACACUUAGCUGCAGCCCAUGGGCAGUCUUACACUUUGCAAACUAUACUACGAAGUGGAGUGGAUGCAAAUGUUUCAGAUAGGAAUGACUGGAAGCCUGUUCAUUUUGCUGCUUUUCAUGGUCGCUUGGGGUGUUUGCAGCUGCUAGUUAGAUGGGGAGCAUGUAUAGAUGAUGUGGAUAACAAUGGAAAUCUUCCAGCUCAUCUGGCAGCAAUGGAAGGACACCUGCAUUGCUUUAAGUUCUUGGUCAGUAAAAUGACCAAUGUCAGGUACGCACUGAAAGCCAGGAAUGACCAUGGAGAGACUCCAAGGGACUUAGCUGAACGGUUCUAUAAAGACAAUGUUCUGCAAUAUAUUGAUGAUGUGGAAAAACAGGAGAAGCAUCCAGAGACCCAGGAAGGUUUAGCUUUCCCAGCCCAUGGUGCUGCUUUCAGAGGGGACCUAAUAACACUUAGAAGAUUAGUGAAAAGUGGAAUAAUCAAUAUGAAUGAGCGGGAUGAUACAGGAUCCACUCUCAUGCACAAAGCCGCUGGACAAGGGCAUAUCCAUUGCUUACAGUGGUUGAUUGAGAUGGGAGCUGACUGUGACAUUACGAAUGAAGCUGGAGAGACUCCAAAAGAUGUAGCCAAGAGAUUUGCCCAGCUGGCAGCUGUGGAACUUCUGACACAAAGAAGUGGAGACAGUAACUCUGAUGACGAAGAGCUAGAUGCAAGCAACAUGAAGUUUUUUGAAAGGCAUGGUGUGGAAGGGAGUACAGAUAGCAAGGAAGAUUUAACCCUGGAUAAAGCAGAGAAAAGGAAUGCACGCAUAAGGGCCUAUCACAAGAUUCAGGAACUUCGGCAACUUCUAGAAAUUGCCUACAGCAACUACAGACACCUGGGAGGAAUAACUGAGGAGGAAAGGAAGAUGAAAAAAGAAGAAAGGAAAAUUGAGAAGGCUGUGAAGGAGCUUGAGGCCCAGCUAGAAUAUGAGCGAGUCAGGCGGGAGAAGCUGGAGAGCCAGCUGGAUGACUACCGUGCUGAGAUAGGCCACCUCAGAAAGAGCCUGGAGAAAACUCACAUGCCCGCUGCUGUCCCGCCGGAAGUUGAGGCAACAUCUGAUUCUUGCAAAGAGAAAAAGAAAAUAAAGAAGAAGCCAUCCUGCAGCCCUGGAGGGGUGUUUGUGAAACGAUGCUGAUGAAUGAACCUUGUAAGAAGGGCAGGCAGGCUUAGAGAAAGAUGUUGAUGUAGGAAUGCAACUGUCUGUCCAAAACAGCCGAGCCAGGCUGUAUGUCUUGUCUUACUCCACAACAGCUGGACCAGGUUCAUCUUCUAAUCAUCUCUCAAGCCUUUCUGAACAUAAGUCACUAGAGGCAGAAAAGCUGUUAUGUAACUGCUAGAAAGCAGAGCAGCACUAUUCAAGAUGGUGCAAACUGUCUGGAUAGCUCCAGUUCUGCAGAUGAGUUGUGGUUUUCAUAUCUUCGAAUUUCAGUGAACUAUUUUCCUAGUUCUCCGGGCUAGAAAAUACUUUUAAAUCACAGAAGCAGCUUUUUUUUUUUUAAACUGUAAGACUUCUCUUCCUAUCCCAGUAGCUGUUUAGCAACUGCUUUGCAAAUUAUAAACAGCAUUUUAAGACCUAACUGCAGAGAUGUCAGAGGCCCUACUGGGCCUGGAAAAAAGUAUCCCCAUCUGCUAGGCUAUUCUGUAUUACUGUUUUAAAAAACAGCACCUUACUUCCUAAAGUAAAUCAGAUACAGAUUGCAGGUACUCCUUCACAACAUACCACAUGAACCGUACUGCUGGGCCUCCGAGUCUAACUCAGGGGUGAAGAUUUCACUAGGUUAUGGGGCACAUUACAGUUAAAAGUGGCAAGCCUGACCUCCAUGCCCAAAAAACUUUUCAUGAUUUUACAUAUAAUAAAUAUUUUUCUCCCAUCUGUAUGCUAUUGUGAAAUUCCUUUUUCCUAUUGGAUCCUUCAUCAUGCAUA